CCUCCCAACUCUCAACUUUAUCCUAAACACAAAAUUACAUUAUAAUAAUAAUACUGAGCACGUCGUCGAUUUGUCGAUCCCGGAUUUCCAAUACGCAGUUUUACUUUUUGUCUUUUCCGGUUUGAUUGUUUCAACUGAAACCAUUGGAUGAUUGGAGGUCUUGAAACAACAUUUAACAAGGGGAAGCGGUAACCCCCUACCCCCGUGCUCAGAGCUGCAGCUUUUAUACCUUCUUCUACCGGCUCCAUGUUUCUUCGAUUCAUAUAAAAAAGAAUCAGGGUUUUUGUGGGGUUUGAAGCCUUGGCUUUUCCAACUUCGGUUCUACAGGGCUUAAGCAUCAGAAGUUACUUCUCAGAAUUUGUAAAGCUCACUUUUUUCUUGAUUUUGUAGGAUUUAGAUAAGUUUGGUGUAUCUUUAGGCUGUAUUGGUUUGAAGGAAAAAGUUUGAUGGGUAUAUUUAUAUGCAUACCACCAAGAAAUGUUGUGAAGUGCAUUUAGAGUCUGCUGCAAGGAGAUGGGAUCAGAAGGGCCUCUUCCCAUUACAGUCCAUGUGACUGGAUUCAAGAAAUUCUAUGGAGUUGCCAAUAAUCCUACUGAGGUCAUAGUUAGUAACCUGAAAGAGUUUCUCAAAAGAAGAGGAAUGCCCGGGGGAAUCAUUCUUGGGAGUUGUACUGUUCUCGAGGCUGCUGGACAUGGGGUGCUUCCCACACUUUAUCAGUUAAUGGAGUCAGGUCGCUCUGAACCAUUUACAAAUUCUUCAAGCGAUGGACCAGUCAUUUGGCUUCAUUUUGGAGCCAAUGCUGGGGCACUGAAAUUUGCUAUUGAGCGGCAAGCAGUAAAUGAGGCUACCUUUCUUUGUCCGGAUGAACUUGGAUGGCAGCCUCAGAAACUUGCAAUAUUUCCUGAGGAUGGAGGAACUUUCCAAACAAGAAAGACUACUUGCUGUGUUGAUGCUAUCGCUGAGUUCUUGAAUAAGAAGGGGUAUGAUGUAGCAAUAUCAGAUGAUGCUGACGUGUUUGUGUGCAAUUACAUCUACUACCACUCUCUUCGAUUUGCUGAACAGAGAGGCCACAAGUCUCUCUUCAUCCAUGUUCCUCUGUUUUCAAGAAUUGAUGAAGACACCCAGAUGGAAUUUGCUGCCUCCCUCUUGGAGGCUCUUGCAGUGAUCUGUUGACACAACAUUCUUAGCAAUAGCCUCUUUUCUUGCAUAUUAAGAAUUGAGAAUACAGUCUGUUUAUGAUAGUACUGUAAAUGUCCUUUGAAUCCGAGGAAAGUUUCUUUCUUUCCUAGGGAGAGUUGAGAUGACAUAGGGGGUUUAUGUUUUUUGAGCGGGGACUUGCUAAUGUAUAAUGCUCAGCUGUAUCUUGUGACAUAUGAUCUUAAUUAUCAGUAUAUUCCAGUAUGUAUUUAUGGCAAAAUACUCACAGGAUGUCAUUCUCCUAUGUGGUUCUUUAUUUCA